ACGGGCGGAUAUUUUCAAAAUGGAAGAUAUGGCAAAGUUUUGGAGGGGAACGCGAGAACAACAUUUAUUUGUCGUGUGAGGACUCCUGUAGCGGCUAUCCAUGCACUCUGCCUAUCGGGGAACAUUAUUACAAACCUGCACGCGUCUGCGAGGCGAAAAGCCGCCACGAUGAGUGUUUCGAUCGGAGAUAAAAUUGAGGACUUCAAGGUCCUCACUCUGCUCGGGAAGGGCUCCUUUGCGUGUGUUUACCGGGCCAAAUCGGUGAAGACUGGUCUGGAGGUUGCCAUCAAAACGAUUGACAAAAAAGCAAUGCACAAAGCCGGCAUGGUCCAACGUGUGAGGAACGAGGUGGAGAUUCACUGCCGACUGAAGCAUCCUUCCAUACUGGAGCUUUACAACUACUUUGAGGACAGCAACUAUGUGUAUUUAGUGUUGGAGAUGUGCCACAAUGGAGAGAUGAGUCGGUACCUCAAAGAGCGAAAGAUGCCUUUCUCUGAAGAUGAAGCGAGACAUUUCAUGGACCAAACAGUGAAAGGGAUGCUUUAUUUACAUACUCAUGGGAUCUUGCACAGAGACCUGACUUUGUCCAAUCUUCUGCUGACCAGCAACAUGAACAUUAAGAUAGCAGACUUUGGCCUGGCCACUCAGCUCAAACUCCCAAAUGAAAAGCACUUCACCAUGUGUGGCACACCAAACUACAUCUCCCCAGAGGUGGCCACUCGCAGCGCCCACGGGCUGGAAUCAGAUGUUUGGUCACUGGGAUGCAUGUUCUAUGCUUUCCUGAUGGGUCGCCCUCCAUUUGACACAGACACGGUCAAGCACACUUUGUCCAAAGUGGUUCUCGGGGACUAUGAGAUGCCUACCCAUGUUUCUCUGGAGGCUCAGGACCUAAUUUAUCAGCUGCUGCAGAAAGACCCCGCCCAGCGACCCAGCCUCUCUGCAGUACUGGACCACCCAUUCAUGACCCAGAGCCUGCUGGUCAGGACCAAAGAGCUGGGGCUUGGGGAUGACGGGUCCAUUGACAGUGGCAUUGCCACCAUCUCCACAGCCUACACCUCCUCCACCUCUGCCAGCAGCGGCAGUCGCCUCCAGAAGCGAACCAAGCACAUGAUAGGCUCUGCUCUGCCUAAUCGCAUGGCACCCAUCCCAAGCCUUCCACGCCAGCCCAACAGUGCCUGUUUUGAGGAUGGAGACCAGUGGCAGCAGCAGCAUCCGCUGGAAAGGUUCAACAGAGAGGGCAGGAGCAGGGCGGCUCAUGGUGUAGAAAGCGGAGAGCCUCAUUCUCGCUACCUGAGGAGGGCUCACUCUUCAGACCGUCCCAUGUCCACUUCAACAGGUUCAACUCAUGCUGAGCUGGGGCGAUGCCACUCAGAGGAGACUCUGGCUGGUAUAGGACGCCCAGUCUUCCCCGUGUCCUCCACUCCACACCCGUUUUCAGAGCACGGAAGACUCCCAUCUCCACCUGUCAAGCAGCCAGCAAAUUCUGGGUAUUUUUCCACAGAGACCGCACUUCCACCAAAUUUGCAAUUUCAGGACUUAGAGGGAGUUUCUAAUUGGCUCAACACUGAAGCCUCUGGACAGAGGUCCGCAGAUAGCAGCGCCCACAGCAGUAGAGGACCUUUAGGUGUUCACAACUCCUGGUCAGAUAAGCCCAUGAGCCGAGGCGCGAACCUUCACCCCAACCUGCACCACCAGCUUCUUUCCAACUCCGACUCAUACAGGGAGAACAUCCCUGGAUUAGAGUUCCAACCUCCUCCUGACAGAGAGUUAAAGCUCUCUUCAACCAAACCCAGUACAGAUAAGCCGAAGAAAACGCUGAGAGACGUAAUCCCGCCUCUGUGCGCCUCCCGACUGAAGCCGAUCAGACAGAAGACCAAAAAUGCUGUUGUGAGCAUUUUGGACACGGGUGAAGUUUGUAUGGAGCUGUUAAAAUGUCAGAGUGGUCAAGAAAGAGUCAAAGAAGUCCUCCGGAUUUCCUGUGAUGGCUCAAUGGUGACGAUAUACCAGCCUAAUGGUGGAAAAGGUUUUCCUGUGCUGGACUGCCCGCCAGCUCCUCCAGAAGAUAUUCUCAUUUGUAGCUACGAGGAUCUUCCAGAGAAAUACUGGAAAAAGUACCAGUAUGCCUCCAAGUUUGUUCAGCUUGUUAAAUCCAAGACUCCUAAAGUGACCCUUUACACCAAGUAUGCCAAGGUCAUGCUGAUGGAGAACUCUCCUAACGCGGACCUGGAAGUUUGCUUUUAUGAUGGCGCAAAGACCCACAAGACGUCCGAACUUGUGCGAGUGGUGGAGAAGAGCGGGAAGUCGUACACUGUGAAGGGCGAGGCGGGGCUGAGCGGCCUGAGCCCCGAGUGCCGGAGGUAUGUGGAGCUGUCGGACGAGGGCCACGCCAUGUGUUUAUCUCUCGAGGCCGCCAUCACUGCAGAGGAGCAGCGCAGCACCAAGGACGUCCCUUUCUUCCCCAUAAUGAUUGGCAGGAGACCCGUCAGCUCAGACGCUCCAGGCUCAUCGUCUGCGCCCUCGCACCCGGUUCCUCCAGAUACAGCAUCACCUCCUAAACCUCCACAAAUCACUCCUUCGAUGAUUUCCUACGAUGGGUCUGACUUCACCACAGCCAGCCUGAGUAAGAAAAGCUCCCCAGUGCGACAGGACCUCAUCCAGAGCACAGGAAAGGUGGUCAAGUCGAUAUUUGUGCCAAAUGUUGGAUGGGCGUCCCAGCUGACGAGUGGAGAGGUUUGGGUGCAGUUCAACGAUGGUUCUCAGCUGGUGGUUCAGGCAGGAGUUUCCUGCAUCACCUACACGUGUCCAGAAGGGAAGAUCACCAGGUAUAAGGAGAACGAGAAGUUGCCCGAGCACGUUAAGGAAAAGCUUCACUGUCUCUCGACCAUUCUCGGCCUGUUGGCGAGCCCGGCAGCGCGUCACCUGCAGUCCCAUUAACACCUUGUGUAUAGAGGCCUGUCAAAAAGCUGGAAGUAGCAUUAGAAACCGUCAUUUCUCUUCUUGUAAAUAUCUUCUAUUUGUGUUGUUUUUACAUGUACAGAAGACUGAGAUUAUGAAAAGAUAUAUUUUUAUUUUAAUAAGCAGCUAUUUUGUAUAGUGUCUACAUUAGCCCUGUUGGAAAACUUAGUGUUUGUGUGUCUUGUUUUUUUUACCGUUUCCUACUACUAUGAAAUGUGCGACCGAUACACGCUGAAACAAUAAAACAUCUGGAGGCCGG